AUGCUGGGUUUGGGUAGACCUCGACUCAAAGCACGCCCCUCCUUGCUGGAUCUGAUUGCCAGUCGCGGCGUGGUCGAUCUGUCCGAAUCCAAGCCGUCAUCACCGCCCAGACCAGACGAACUGCCACCGCUCCCCGUUUCGCCUACUUCAACGACUCCCAGCUCGAGUAGCAGCAGCAGCAACAUCGAGCUUCCCUCGUCCCCGUCCUCUUCGUCCACACACACACCAGUUUCACAUAUAAUGGCUCCUUCUGGUAAGGACAAGACUGGUGAGGACCAGCAUGGUACUAUCUUUUCCGUAUCUGGGCCUGUCGUGGUGGCCGAGCACAUGAUCGGCUGUGCCAUGUAUGAGCUGUGCAGAGUCGGACAUGAUCAGUUGGUUGGUGAGGUCAUUCGACUCGAUGGAGACAAGGCUACCAUUCAGGUAUACGAGGAGACAGCUGGUCUAACGAUUGGUGAUCCUGUUACGCGGACGGGCAAGCCUCUCGCGGUCGAGCUUGGUCCCGGUUUGAUGGAAACGAUCUACGAUGGUAUCCAGCGACCCCUGAAAGAGAUCUCUGCACAGUCGAACAGCAUCUACAUUCCCCGUGGUAUUGCAGUGAAUGCAUUGGAUCGCAAGAAGAAAUGGGACUUUAAACCAGGCAAGUUCAAGGUCGGCGACCACAUCACCGGUGGUGACAUUUGGGGUACCGUCUUUGAAAACAGCUUGGUGAACGACCACAAGAUCCUCCUUCCUCCCCGCGCUAGAGGUACCAUUACCCGGAUAGCUCCUGCUGGCCAAUACACUGUUGAAGAGAAGCUCCUGGAGAUUGAAUUCAACGGACAGAAGUCGGAACAUGGUAUGAUGCACGCUUGGCCUGUUCGUGUGCCCAGACCGGUCAAUGAGAAACUGCCGUCCGAUGCCCCCUUCAUCGUCGGCCAGAGAGUGCUGGACUCUUUGUUCCCCAGUGUACAGGGAGGUACUGUUUGCAUCCCGGGAGCUUUCGGUUGCGGAAAGACCGUCAUUUCUCAGAGUGUGUCCAAAUUUUCCAACAGUGAUAUCAUCGUCUAUGUCGGUUGUGGUGAGCGGGGUAACGAGAUGGCGGAAGUCUUGAUGGAUUUCCCAGAGCUUUCCAUCGACGUCGAAGGUCGCAAAGAGCCCAUCAUGAAGCGUACAUGCCUGAUCGCCAACACAUCGAACAUGCCUGUCGCCGCCCGUGAAGCUUCCAUCUACACUGGUAUCACAAUCGCCGAGUACUUCCGUGACCAAGGGAAGAACGUGGCUAUGAUGGCGGACUCUUCUUCUCGCUGGGCCGAGGCUUUGCGUGAACUUUCUGGUCGUCUGGGAGAGAUGCCUGCGGACCAGGGUUUCCCUGCCUACCUAGGUGCCAAGCUCGCCUCCUUCUACGAACGUGCUGGCAAGAGUAUCGCUCUCGGAAGCCCCGAGAGAAUUGGCAGUGUCAGUAUCGUCGGUGCCGUCAGCCCUCCCGGUGGUGAUUUCUCCGACCCCGUCACCAGUAGCACGCUGGGUAUCGUCCAGGUAUUCUGGGGUCUCGACAAGAAACUUGCUCAGCGAAAACACUUCCCCUCGAUCAAUACAUCGAUUUCGUACAGCAAGUACACGACCAUUCUGGACAAAUUCUACGAAAAGCAUCAUCCCGAGUUCCCACGUCUACGAGACCAGAUCCGAGAACUGUUGACCAAAUCCGAGGAUCUAGAUCAGGUGGUGCAGUUGGUCGGCAAGGCAGCCCUCGGUGACUCGGACAAGAUCACCCUGGACGUCGCGGCCAUGGUAAAGGAUGACUUCCUGCAGCAGAACGGUUACAGUGACUAUGAUCAGUUCUGUCCUCUAUGGAAGACCGAGUAUAUGAUGAAGGCUUUCAUGGGCUUCCAUGAUGAGGCCCAGAAGGCCAUUGCUCAGGGGCAGAGCUGGAGUAAGGUCCGUGACGCCACAGCCGACAUUCAGACCUCCUUGCGUAGCAUGAAGUUUGAGAUUCCGGAUAACCAGACAGCGGUUUCAGAGAAGUAUGAGAAGAUCCUCCAGACCAUGUCGGAGAGAUUCGCUUCGGUGUCGGAUGAUAUAAACGUCAAUGAUCCCGGCUUGAUUUCACUGGUGAACAAACUCCAAGAUGUCUUUUCGACAGUCGGAGUUCACAACCCCAUUGAUCUGCCACAGAUUGUAGUGGUAGGCUCGCAAUCCAGUGGCAAGAGUUCAGUUCUCGAGAACAUCGUUGGAAGGGACUUCCUCCCUCGUGGUUCGGGAAUUGUUACUCGGAGACCCCUCAUCCUACAGCUCAUCAACAGACCUUCGAGAAACUCGGUAACGAACGGGGUCAAGGAGGAAAAACUGGAAACCACGGACAGCGAGGCGAAUGUGGAUGAAUACGGCGAGUUCCUCCACAUCCCCGGACAAAAGUUCUACGAUUUCAACAAGAUUCGCGAGGAGAUUGUGCGGGAAACUGAACAGAAAGUCGGUCGCAAUGCUGGUAUCUCGCCAGCGCCCAUCAACCUGCGAAUUUACUCGCCCAAUGUCUUGACCCUUACCCUGGUCGAUCUGCCCGGUCUGACCAAGGUCCCAGUGGGCGACCAGCCCAAGGAUAUUGAACGGCAGAUCAGGGAUAUGGUUCUCAAGUACAUCAGCAAGCCCAACGCGAUCAUCCUGGCGGUCACCUCUGCCAACCAGGAUCUUGCCAACUCGGACGGAUUGAAACUGGCGCGCGAGGUGGAUCCCGAGGGUCAGCGCACUAUCGGUGUGCUAACCAAGGUUGAUCUGAUGGACGAGGGUACGGAUGUGGUGGAUAUUCUUGCGGGCAGGAUUAUCCCUUUGCGGCUGGGUUACGUCCCUGUGGUCAACCGUGGUCAGCGUGAUAUCGAGAACAAGCGUCCCAUCUCAUACGCACUGGAGCACGAGAAGAACUUCUUCGAGAGCCACAAGGCCUAUCGGAAUAAGGCUUCGUACUGCGGAACACCAUACCUUGCCAGGAAGUUGAACUUGAUCCUUAUGAUGCACAUCAAGCAAACUUUGCCCGAUAUCAAAGCCAGAAUUUCGUCCUCUCUCCAGAAGUACACGGCCGAACUCUCUCAGCUGGGCGACUCGAUGCUCGGAAACAGCGCCAAUAUUAUCCUGAACAUCAUCACGGAAUUCAGCAAUGAGUAUCGCACAGUUCUGGAGGGAAACAACCAGGAACUGUCUAGCAUCGAGCUUUCUGGUGGUGCCCGUAUCAGCUUUGUGUUCCACGAACUGUACUCGAACGGUAUCAAGGCCGUGGAUCCAUUCGACCAGGUGAAGGAUAUUGACAUUCGAACCAUCCUCUACAACUCUUCUGGCUCGUCUCCCGCGCUUUUCGUCGGAACGACCGCUUUUGAGUUGAUCGUCAAGCAACAGAUCAAAAGACUAGAAGAUCCGAGUUUGAAGUGCAUCUCGCUGGUUUACGACGAACUUGUGCGCAUUCUGGGUCAGCUUCUGAACAAGCAGCUGUUCCGAAGGUAUCCCAUGCUCAAGGAGAAGUUCCAUGCGGUUGUCAUCAACUUUUUCAAGAAGUGUAUGGACCCGACAAACAAGCUCGUCCACGAUUUGAUCUCGAUGGAGGCCUGCUACAUUAACACCGGACACCCCGAUUUCCUCAACGGGCAUCGUGCUAUGGCAAUUGUCAAUGAACGCCAACAAGCGAGCAAGCCUACGCAGGUAGACCCGAAGACGGGCAAGCCUCUGCCCCCUCGUGCAAACAGCCCGUCGAUCGAUGCCACAGCCGCCACAGAGACCAGUGGUUCUGGAUUCUUCGGCAGCUUCUGGGCGUCCAAGAACAAGAAGAAGAUGGCUGCCAUGGAGCCUCCUCCACCCACCCUCAAGGCAUCUGCCACUCUUUCCGAGCGUGAGGCUACAGAGGUCGAGGUGAUCAAACUUCUUAUCACUUCAUAUUUCAACAUUGUCAAGCGCACUAUGAUCGACAUGGUUCCCAAGGCCAUCAUGUACACCCUCGUUCAGUUCACCAAGGAUGAGAUGCAACGUGAACUGCUCGAGCAGAUGUACCGGAAUUCCGAGCUGGACGACUUGCUCAAGGAGAGCGACUACACCAUCCGCCGACGGAAGGAGUGCCAGCAGAUGGUGGAGAGUCUAAGCCGCGCCAGUGAGAUCGUCAGCCAAGUCCAGUGA